UUCCCCUACCUGCGGCGCGCAGGUGGGCGCGGUGGCUGCCGGGGCUGGUAGUCCCUGGGGAGGGAAGGGAAGAGCAAGGAAGGGCAGGGCAUUCCGGCCGGGCUGCGGAGCCAUGGACAAGCUGAAGCGGGUGCUGAGCGGCCGCGACGCGGAGGAGCCGAGCGGGCUCCCCCAGGUUAUCGAUGCGACUUCGUUAGGUUGGGGCACCCGAGUGAAAGGUUUCAUUGCGUGUUUUGCCAUCGGAUGCCUGUGCUCGAUCUUGGGUAGUUGUCUGCUAUGGAUACCAAAGAAAGGGCUGGUACUCUUUGCAGUGUUUUAUACCCUGGGGAAUAUUGCAUCUAUUGGGAGCACUAUGUUUCUUAUGGGACCCAUGAAACAAUUGAAGCGGAUGUUUGAGCCUACACGUUUGAUUGCUACUAUUGUUAUGCUAUUGUGCCUCAUACUAACACUGUGUUCUGCUUUCUGGUGGCGUAAGGCAGGACUCGCACUGCUUUUCUGCAUCUUACAGUUUUUUGCCAUGGCAUGGUACAGCAUUUCCUUCAUACCAUAUGCAAGGGACGCUGUGAAGAAAUGUGUUUCAGUCUGUCUGUCCUAACAGGAAUACUGGAUGCCUCACAAAGUUCUAGGAAGUUCUAGGUAGAACUGUGUUGAGAUCACUGUGUUGUGUAGUUUCCUACUUCAGUGCCUUUAAGUGCUUGUUAGAAGCUCCUUGUGUUACACCCAGCGUCCGCAGUUGCUUGGGUUUGUAAGCAAUGGUGUCUGUGGGACAGGGGGCUUGUGAUCAAAUGAAAUUCAGUCUGGCAGAAGAACUGGGCAGAGGUCUACAAUUUGUUAUGGUGAUUCUUGCAUAAAUUCAUGCUUUUGGUUUUGCAAAAGUUACAAAGUAAUAUGUGAAGUCUGUAAAGUGAAGACCUUGUCUCUGAUGAGACUGUGCCAGUUGUUAAGUUGAAAACUGAUUUCUUACCAACAACUUGGGAUUUUUUUUUAAAUAGCCUUGUGUCACUUGAUCUUUGCACUAUUUCCCUUGAAAAUGGAAUAUUGGU